UUUUUUCGGCCCUUUUCGAUAAAAACUCCUCCUACUGGGGAGUGAGGUCAGUUAUGAAGUAGGACAAAUCUGUCCAAACAUGGAGAAAAAGGGGUGCCCUGAGGAGCUCCGCAUGUUCGCUGAGGCUUCCUAAAGUAAAAGAUUAGUGAAAUUCGCUGAGCAAAGCCAAGCUUUUUGGAACCAGCUAUGCCAAUCAAAUGGGUUUUGCACUGGCAGCCAAAUGCUGGUACAACAGUCAACACCCAAAUCCUUUCAGAGGUUUCUCAAUGUGUCGAGAGCAUCAAUGGAGCCAAAGAAGGAAGGUGGAAAACUACUCUCAGCUUCUACAAGCCCAUACUCAGAGACCAAGCUAAUGCCAAUGAAUUUCCGCGUGAUUUUUUUGGGGAUUUCACUUCAAGAGGCAGCCUGGCAAGUAUUACUUUGUGCUUAGAGGGCAAUGCCUAGUUAUGGAAGCAGAAUCAUCAAUCCAGACUAUAAUGGAGAAGCUCCAGUCAUAUAAAACUAGAGUUGCACUUAAUUUUGAGGGGCUUCAAUACCAACUUGGUGACUUUCGGCUGCGAGUGGGAAAAGUUGCCCCAAUUCACACUGAGGCUUUGAGGGGAAUAGUAAUGGAGAUGGAGUAUCUUCCUAUCUCUUCAUGGGAAACAUCACAUCAAAUCAUGGGAGAGUUUUUUGAUAUCUGGAAGGAGGCUCUCUCAAAGAGAUCACUGCCAGGCCAUUUCGUGCAUAUUGAACCAAACUUCACAGAGUUUGCCCUUGCUGAUCAGUACUCUUCUCAGCACACAGCCGUACAGUAUGCUUGUAUCAUGGCUCAAAUGCUUGCCACCGCUCAAUCGGCCCAGGCUAUGAGAACUUAGGCACGUCACCAGCAAAUCCCCAUCUAUAAAUGUUUGUACAAUUUGAAUAUGACCCUACUUUUGCUAAAAGAUGAUCCAUUUGGAUGUGGGCUACAUUGUGCAAGCUAACGAUUGUGUCCCUUAAAAUAUUUCCAAGAUAUAUAUAUAUAUAUAUAUCUAAAAUAUUAUAAUAGUCAAUGAAGGUAAGGGUACUUUAGGUAUGAAAAAUGUGUUGGUGUAAUUAUAUGCUAAUGUAAACUUGUACUUUGAACAAAAAUGAUUGUACCUUAGUGUGUCUAGCAGCUUUAAUGUCUAAUGAAUCCUACAUUCCGUUAGUAUUCCGUUAGUUAGCCUACUUUCAAGCUUUUACAUUAAGCUUUCCAUCGAUUAGAUUAUUACUCCAUCACUAC